CCACCAUAAAAAAGUUGAGCUGCCUAUUAACAUCCGUAUCAAAACAGAUAAUUGGUGCCUUUCAUAUGGAAAUGAACCGCCAAAAGCAAGAAAUAAGAAGUUGACGACCAUGUCCAUGACCACCGCAUUCAGGUGUACAUCCACAGGGACCUCAGAAAACCCCAUCGUGGCAUUCACCACUCCCCCCAACUACGCCGAAAGGUUAUCCCACCUUCUCACCGUCAACGCCUACUCCCCACUUUGGUGCCCAACACUCACCAUCCAACCCACACCCUCCUCAUUCGCCCCUUACCUCUCCUCUCACUCUCUCCAACCCUUCUCCGCCAUCGCCUUCACCUCCCGAACCGCAAUCCAAGCCUUCCACACCGCUGCCGCCGCCCUCCGCAUCCCCCCGCUCUCUCAUUCUGGCCACCCCUUCAUCGUCGCCGCCCUCGGAAAGGACACCGAGCUCAUCGACGCCGAAUUCCUCUCCAGAAUCUGUUCCAAUUCUGAGAGAAUUAGGGUUCUUGUUCCGCCGACCGCGACGCCGAGCGGCCUUGCGGCGGCGUUGGGGCCCGGCGGCGGAAGGAGAGUGCUCUGCCCAGUCCCACUGGUCGUGGGCCUGGAGGAGCCACCGGUGGUGCCGGGCUUCCUGCAGGAGCUACGGGAUUUUGGAUGGGACCCAGCUCGGGUGGAGGCCUACGAGACGCGGUGGGCUGGGCCGCGGUGCGCGGAGGGGAUUGUGAAGGGGAGUGAGGAUGAAGGAAUGGAUGCGGUGGUUUUUACGAGCAGUGCUGAGGUCGAGGGCCUGUUGAAGAGCCUGAGGGAGUUUGGGCUGAACUUUGAGGAGGUGAGGAGGAGGUGCCCACGUUUGGUUGUUGCGGCCCAUGGGCCUGUCACGGCGGCUGGGGCCGAGAGGCUUGGAGUUAAGGUUGACGUGACAAAUGGCAAGCUAAUGAGGUAA